UGACAUUUGUUCAUACGGGUGCCGUGUUUUCUUACUAAUAUGUAAAUACAAUCGACAAAAUAAAUUGUUGUCGCGAGUAUAGCACGCGGUUAAAGUCGUUGAAGAUUCGUAGACUACCGAUUUCGGUUAGAUUGAAUGUUUAUAUGGAUUUGGUGUGCUCGUUAAUAACAAUUGCCGAGAUGAAUCCGCGCAAACACUUUAGUGCCGAUGGUCGUUGCUCCAAGAUUUUCGUUUUGUUCCGUGUAACGUUUAUUAUUUGCUAGACAAUGAUCUUGAAACCAUUAUGGGGCGCCAUGGUCUAAAGGGACCAUGACAUCGCGGCCACCCCAUACCGUUGCCGUUGAGCAGGAGACACUCACGCCUUAUAUAGGUGUUCAGGGACUGGCAGCAACCAACGAAGGAGAUACCGAAGAACUGGUAGCGUCGGAAGGGCUUCCGGCAGCUUCUUUAAUCAAAGGUCGUUUGAAAAACCGGGCCCGUAAGGUCGCGGCCUCAGGCAGCCUCAGUGACAGCUCGUCCAGUGUCAAGAGACAGGAAUCCUCGCCAACUUUGACGCUCAUAUCGUCAAAGGGCUCUGCUGAUUCAAAUUAUUCUCAGCCAUCAUCGGACCUGUCGCUCGACGAGGAAAAAGAAACCCUUCGAAGGGAGAAAGAGAGGGCGGCCCUCAGUCAGCUGGAAAAAGCCAGGGCAAAGUCGGUAGCAUUCGCAGUUAGAACGAACGUGACGUAUGACGGAACGCUGGAUGAUGAUUCGCCGGUCCAUGGAUACGCAAUCUCUUUCGACGUUCGAGACUUUUUACAUAUUAAGGAAAAGUACGAUAACAACUGGUGGAUCGGUAGGUUAGUAAAGGAAGGCUGUGAUAUAGGUUUCAUUCCGUCUCCAGUGAAGCUAGAGAAUCUGCGACAGCAGCAAGUGUCGACGAGGACGACCAAGUUGUACUCGAGCAAGACCAGCUCUAGUUCAAACAUCGGUGCUGCGGGUAACGAUGCUUCCAGAGGUAGCACUCCUCCCACGCCUGGCGAUGAAUCGGAUUCGAUGGGUAAUCCGCGGUCAGGCAAAUCCCUUACAACCCCACCCGCCAAGGAGAAGAAAAAACCAUUCUUCAAAAAACAAGAAGCCACCGCGCCGUACGACGUAGUACCGUCAAUGCGUCCCGUAGUUUUAGUAGGACCUUCGCUUAAGGGCUACGAGGUUACGGAUAUGAUGCAAAAAGCCUUAUUUGAUUUUUUAAAGCAUCGCUUCGAAGGAAGAAUAAUUAUAACGCGGGUAAUGGCAGACAUUUCGCUGGCAAAGCGAUCGCUGCUAAACAACCCGUCGAAGAGAGCGAUCAUGGAACGAUCAGCGACAAGGUCGUCGUGUCUUUCGGAGGUUCAGGCCGAGAUCGAGCGGAUAUUCGAACUAGCGACGACGAUGCAACUGGUCGUGCUAGAUUGUGAUACCAUAAACCAUCCUUCGCAGCUCGCGAAAACCUCGUUGGCACCGUGUAUCGUGUACCUUAAAAUAUCUAGUCCUAAGGUUUUGCAAAGGUUAAUUAAAUCUCGAGGGAAAAGUCAGACGCGGCACCUCAACGUACAAAUGGUCGCCGCGGAAAAACUUGCCCAGUGUCCGCCGGAAAUGUUCGACGUCAUAUUAGACGAGAACCAACUCGAAGACGCUUGCGAACAUAUAGCGGAAUACUUGGAGGCUUAUUGGCGAGCAACCCAUCCAGAUGUUCCCAACAUACCAAGACCAAUAGGAUCGUCACCCCAAGCUUCGCCCAGCGGUGAUCAAGGCCGACCCACUUUGCCAGCCCACCAUGACGUAUACGGAUACCCCCAUGAUUCUAGAGUGCCUACUUUGCAUACGGCUCACACGAGAAGCUCUAGAAGUAGAUUAGAGAGAGAGCGCGAGUACGAGGAAUAUUGCGAGAAAGACCACCUGAACGCGCACGUGCCUCUGCACCACCUCCAAGGGGGCGACUAUCGGGGCCGUGAUCCAAAAACCAUCAGGGAAGAUGAGUAUCCGCCGCCGUCUCACAAAUGUUCUUCGAGAAAAGCGCUGAACGCCAUAUAGUGGAGGCUAUCUACGGAACAGCCCAUUGAAGAAGAGGUUCAAGACGAGCUUUCGCCCGACGUCGAAGAAAACUAUUAUUUACCACAGGCCCCGAAAGAAUUCCGGGACGAUUCGUUCGAAAGAAGAAGACUGGACGAUAGAUAUUCGGACGAAUUACCCAGAAGCAGCAGGUCUUAUUCAUCCGAACACAGGAAGCCAACUCAGUUGUCGACAAUCGAGAAAAGCAAACAAGAAGGUAGAAAUUAUAGGAAAGACCUACUGGAGAUGUUCGGGGCCAUGGAAUUGGAAACUCGUCCGGGAUUUCAAGGCCCUCAGAGAUACUACGAGUAGUUUCCUAGAGGGAACUCGUUCGUAUAUUCUCCGCGGGUUCUUCAAUGGGGUGUUCCGUAAGUUGUGAUGUUUAACUUAUGUAAUAUAUUACGGUUUCGGAAAAAGAUGUUUAAACCCGCGGCAGGUCUUGAAUGGUAUCGUGCUACUUGCAGUUCUGAUUCUAUUAUUGUGAACACACAUCUAAUAUUGCGUCAUUUUAAAAUAUUUUCUAUUUCACUGUUUAUUAGUUCUAGAAAAACUGGUACGUACUUGCUGAACUAAUUUUUGCAGUCUUAAAUCCGAGAGCUGCUCUUGUGCAGUUUCUUCGUUUCUUCGUUCGUACUACAUGUACGUUUAGCUCUUUACGCGACAAGAGGAUUUUUUUUCCAAUUUGUUCUCUUAGGGUAACAAACAACCAUAGACAAGGUUGGCCAUUAUACCAAAGGCUUGCACAUUGCACGUCGCGAUUUAAAAAAAAUGUUUUCAUCAUUAUAACAAAUGUCGAACUCAAAAUAAGUCCAUUGAAUUUUGUUGUGAUCGAAACCGCGGGUUUGAACGUUUUCCGAGGCCACCCUGUAUAAAUAUUUACGACCAUUUUGGUGCCAUAUUUGAGUAAGAGCUCAAUUUUAAAACCAUCUAAAUAAAUGAAUUAAUAUUCAAGCUUUAAUCUGUACUUAAGUAAUUUAUAAAUUUGUUUGAAUAAAGAGAGAGAAUGGUUACAAAUUAAUUAACCGAACGGUACGUUUUAUUACUAUAAUAAAAUAGUUAAUGAACAAAGAAAAAAAACGAAAAGAACUGAAAUAUAAUAUACUUUAAAGGAUGAAUGACUAUUCGUUAGGAUUUGGUUCUUCUUUUUCGCUUAAUUUUAAUAGUUACCAAUUUACCUUCGUGAUAUUAACAUAAUAAAUCCUACGAGGCGUUUCGUAUAGGGUAGCAAUAUCCAUUGGUUGCCCUUAGCAAAUCGCCCUGUAUACGUCAGCGUAUUGACUGAUUCAAAGGUAUCUAGAAAAAUUGAAGUUUGCGCACUCUGCUGUUAGGAUAUUGUGAAUCGAUGGGCGGGCUUUAUUGUGUAACUGAUGGUGGAAUGGCAAAGUCGCUUCCCCACCGACAGUCCUUUUCGAGAACGGAACGUUUUUGUAUAUUGUGAGAGUACAAGGGAUGUAGAUAAUCGUAUUUUGAAAAAUACAUUUAAAGGAAAGUUUUUAUUAUAGAAUACGCCUUUUUCCAGUUACCAUGGCAAUAUGAACAACGUGGCGACGGAAGUCUUUAAAUGUUAACAGUACCCUGUAACGCCAAAUAAAAUUACUGACAACUAAAUUUUAAAUGUUUAUUAAAAUAUGCAUUGAUUUUAGGUAAAAUUGGAUAUGAAGUUAUAAUAAAAUAAAAUCAACUUUAAUUUUCAAAUAAUCAUUGACAUGUGGUGGAUCUACUAAUACCAAAUAUGUUAAACAUUAAUAAAAAAAAAAAAUUUGCAAUAAGGUUGGAACUAUCCAUGAAAAACUAAAAAUUGCGAGGGAGAUAUCAGACCGCCGUUUUUACUGUAGAUUCAGGUUAAUAAAUGCGUAUACCCUGGGCCUGAAAAAUACUUCACAUAUGGAAAACAUCACUUUUAUUAUGGUUCCAGAAGACAUUUGUGGAUAUCGGCAAAUAUCUGAUAAAAAAUAAAAAAGUAAGCCACAAAAUAUGUAGCCUGUGUGUUAAACUUUUUUUUCUAUUUAUCACACUUAACGCAUGAGAUAUAGACGGCAAGUCUAAAAUAAAAAUUAAAAGCUUGAAAGGGUUCUAACUUGUUCUAUUUUGAUUCUCUACUCUUGUUAUAGAAUUAAGUCGCGUUUCUAGCAAUUAUUAGUUACCUCGUUCACGUGUAUUUUACAAAAAUGAUUUCAACAUUUUAUUUAGUAGUUUUUUGCUUAAUGGAAGUGUAUUAAUUGAGGUGUUUCAACACCUUUUAAAAUAAGGACUUGAUUUUUUGAUUAUUUUUUGCUUGUCAUCCGAAUCUUCAAUACAAAUAGCUCUUUCUCUUUAAUGUUUCUAUUUUCUAUAAUUAAUUUCUAUAGUUUGAGACACCCCUUUGUUACAUCUCUUCGUUCUUUGUACUCACACCGCAUAUUACUUUUAACAAUUGGGAAAAAUAAUAUUGUUUUUGUUAGUUUUUUCCCAAUAUGUCUGCUCGAGGGUGAUCACCCAUGUAUAUGUUAACAAGCCGGAAAUAAUAACAGCAACUGCCUAUUUAGUUUUCGAUGCUCUAUUUUUUUGUUCUAUGGUAUUUGUUUCACUUAAAAUUUCCUGUAAUUUAUUUUCCUGUUGAUAUAAUAACGGGAUACUAGUUUAGGUUUAGAUUUCAGUUCCAACGUUUUUUUUUUUUUAUGAAACGUUGUUUCUGUGGUACCUGCAACUGCCACAAUACCUAGACAAAACUAAAUAUAAGACUUUUAAAAGGCUGUACAGCAAAGGAAAAUAUCAUUGUUAAAUAUACAUUUUGCCAAUUAACUAACUAACCGAUAAUUUAUGAAUUAUUUUUAUUCGAUAUUCGAAAGUAAAUUCAAAAUUCAAUAAUUUUUAAAUUCCUUUAACCGCAGUUUUUUUCUUAUUUUUAGAUCCAUAUUGGCGAAUCUAUUGUUCGGAUCCGAGCUACAAUUUUGUAAAUUUUGAAUUUGUUUUUGAUUCGCAUUGUUAAUGUAAUGGAAAAUUUUAUUUAGAAUAUAUUUAUAUAUUAUAAUGUAUAUUUAACUGGCGGCGUGAACAAUAUAUGUCUGGUCACCCUAUAUAUCUCAGAAUACGAUGGGGAAGCACGUUUUGAAAUUCUACUUUAUUUUCAGAAUUUAUCACCCACCGUUUGUAUUAAUUUUUUAAGCCUCUUUUGAAUAAAUACCCAUGACUUUAGUUUUUUUUUCAUAACAUUUUUUUGGGGUGUUUUUUGGUGAGCAAUCGAAAACAUGGCUUGAUUUAAAUCUCGCAAAUUAAAGUCUCUUUCGCUCAUCACUGAAAAUUGUUCCUAUAAUUAGUAUUUUAAAUACAUAUCAGGACAAACAAAUACCACAUGUUUUGCAUCCUCAAAUUGUGAAAUUGGAGCUUUUAAGGCAGAAAAUAUUUCUUAAACUUACCAUUAAACAUCCUGUAAUUAUUAUUAUCGUCGUCGAUGAGAUUUUAGCAAAAGUAUUUAACAUAAUGACGUUACUAAGUCCAUAUCAUGAUUAUUGUGAAGACAAUUUUAUGUGUUACUGGGACGUUGGAAAAUUUUCUGUUGUUGUAAAGUUGUAAAAUUAAAUUUACGUAAAAAAAGUUGACAAAAAGUUGUUACGGGAUAAUGCCUUCUCAAGGGGGAGUUGUUACGAAGAUAUCCUUCGAUCCUUCCAAUUCAUUUCAAAAAUUGCGUGUAACUGUACAGAUUUGUGUACCUUUAAUUUUUUGUAAACUUCAACAGAUUUAAGUAAAGAAAAGUGUAUUACAAUUAGGGUUUAGUCUAAUUAGUCUAUUACUAAGCUAAUAUUUUAAUUACAUGCUUUGUUUAUUCAUUGGAGCUUAUAGUGUGAAAAGGGGUGUUGGCCACUUCCCCGAUAAGUAUCCAGCUAAUACCAUAUUCUGUAUUAUUUGAUUAUUAGCAAUAUUCGAAAGACGUGCAGAACAACCACAAUAGUUUGCUAAUCUGCACGUCUUAUACUUAAUAUGUGUUGCGCUAUAUAUAUUUAGCUAAACAUUUUUUAAUAAAAGUAAUUUAUCGAAAAUUAUUAUGUAUACAAAUCGGUAAGGUUUCAUUAAAAAUGUGUUUCUCUCAAGAUCUGAGAAAUUGUGAUUAUUCUCAGGCAUGUGAAGCUUCUAGAGCAGCAUUCACACCUCUUUCUCUUCAAAUGUCAUAGCAGCGGUUAAAAGAGCGUAACAAAUUUUUGGACAACUAUCAUCCACUAACCAAAAUUUUAGAUCGAUAUCCACACUUUGUAAUAAAAAAAUGAGGACAAUCAAACAUGUUAACAAAAGGCAAGGUAGAUUAAUUUUUGUAACAUCAUUCGAGAGUGUUUAGUUGCACGGACUGAGGGCAACGUUAAUUUGUGCUGAGAUAAAAUCUGAAAAUAACGAGCUACAACUUCGUCCAACUUGCGUUGUAUUCAAGAGAUGCACGUAUCCACGGAUCGUGGCUAUUUAAAAAAAAUCACCGACCAAUCUCAUUACUCUAAACGAAUCUGUAUAGUUAUAGUGUUGUAAAUUUUUUAUAGUUUGAGCAUUGUCACUAAAAUUGUAAUUUUGUUGUAAUAAAAACUUGU